AUGCCCUUCUCACGUGCGUGCUCCGCCACGAGAAAAAAACAAGGGCCUCGUUUUCCUGCGAGAUCCCCUGGAAAACGGCGGGGCGCGGCAGGAGAGGAGUGGCCGCCACGCACGCCGGAGGCAUCACGUGCCGGUGACCACCAGCCACAGGCCACACCGUCCUGCAUCCACCGUCCUGAUCUUCAUCCAGGUCAUCCGCUCGCUCGCUGCGCCGGGACCAGGACAGGCCGCGUGCCGUGUCCGUAUGCGUAUGCGUAUGCGUAUGCGUAUGCUGGCGCCUGGCGGGAUAUAAAGGCGGCCCCGCGCCCACCGGUUCUUCCUCCCUCUUUAUCUUCUCUGAAUCCCCAGGCAGGCAGGUCGGCGAAGAGGGCUGGUGAGGCAGCAAGGCCGAGCCGUGGGAAGCGGGGGCUCGGGACGGGACAGGCAGAGGAGAACACAAAAAUCCCAGAUCCUUCCUGCCCGCCCGUGCCCGUCGGCGCGUCGUUCUUGCCGGCCGCGCCAUACCUCCGGCUUCUCCUCAUCCAGGUGAUUGCUGCAAUGGGAAUUCUUUUGGUGGGGGGAAUUGGAUACACAACAAGGUGCAGGAUGGUGCUGUGGGUCUUCGGCUACGGGUCCCUCAUCUGGAACCCCGGCUUCGACUUCGACGACAAAAUCCUUGGCUUUAUCAAAGGCUACAAGCGGACCUUUAAUCUCGCUUGCAUUGACCACAGAGGCACACCGGUGCAUCCGGCGAGGACCUGCACGCUUGAAACUGACGACGAGGCCAUAUGCUGGGGAAUUGCAUAUUGUGUCAAGGGUGGUCCAGAAAAAGAGCGAAAAGCAAUGCAGUACUUGGAGAGAAGGGAGUGUGAGUAUGACCAGAAGAUAUCCAUUGAUUUCUACAAGGAAGGAGAUCCCCUGAAACCAGCUGUGACUGGCGUCUUAGUUUUUGUGUCCACUCCAGAUCCAAUUGGCAACAAGUACUACCUUGGCCCUGCUCCUUUGCAGGAUAUGGCAAGGCAAAUUGCUACAGCCAAUGGCCCUACUGGCUAUAAUAGGGAUUACCUGUUCUCAAUGGAGAAGGCAUUAGCCAGCAUAAGCCACGAAGAUGAUUCAAUCAUAGAGCUUGCAGACGAGGUGAGGAAGGUGCUCAACAGAACAAAGGAGACCAAAAUCACUGGUGCCAAUGCUUCCCUGAAAUCUCAUGUCCCUCUUGUGCACCUGUCUGCGCUUCCAGAAGGCACCGUUGUGGACUCGAGAUAG